AUGGCGAACUGUGAUUAUCAAACAAUUACUGACAUUUAUGUUGGCGAAGGAUGUUCAGCAUUCACAAGUGGCGUAUUUUACAAUUUUGUUAAUCUUAGAAAUCUUUACCUAACUUCGACUCUCCAAACAACUACGGGUGGAGAUACAAGAUAUUGUUGGAACUUUGCAAACAUUUAUUUACCAUCUGAAAGCCAAUAUCUUGAAUUAGAUCAAUAUGGUGCAUUAUAUACCAAAGGUAAAGAAAGAUUAAUCAGGUUACCACCAAGAAAACCAAGCUACACUUUUCCAUCGCAAACAAAGAUAAUUGGAGAACAAGCAUUUCAAGGAUGUGGAGUAUUACCAUCAUUAACUAUACCCAAAACAAUUGAAACUCUAAAUUCCGGAUUUCUUUAUGAUUCAGGUGGAAUUAAGAGUGUUUACUUCGAAAGCGGCUCUCCAAUUACCACAAUUACUUAUUUUUCAUAUGCAUCAGGCAUGACAUACAUAUUAUUAGCAAAAACCGUUACUACUAUCGCUGCAUCAGCAUUUGAUCACGCAAUUCAUCUAAAAACCGUCAAUUUUGAGAGUGGUUCUAACUUACAAACAGUUAAUGCAGGUGCAUUUGCCUAUACAGUUAUAGAAAGAUUCACUUUUCCACCAAAAUGCACAACAAUUUUAAAUUCUAUUUUUAAUCCAUGCACAACAUUAAAUUACGUAUAUAUUCCAGCAUCAUUAGUUAAUAUUAAUACUCAAGCAUUUGCAGGAGCUCCAAAUAUUCAAACUAUUCAAAUUGAUUCUAAUAAUGCGAAGUUUACUGUUCAAGAUUCUGCGACAUUGAUGUUAAAAGAUAAGACAAAGUAUUUAUAUAUUCCUCCUUCAAUCAAAUCAUUCACUAUUGGAAAAGAAGUUGUUGAAUUUGGUUUAACAAUUUUCCAAACAUGUUCUCAAUUGACAUCAAUUACUGUUGAUGCAAACAACAACAAUUUUGUUGCGUUGAACGGAAUAAUUUAUACAAAAGGAUAUUUAAAAGCUAUUGCUUGCAUUGGAGGAAUGACAUCAGCAACAACAAGAUCAGAAUGCCAACAAAUUGGAGAUUAUUGUUUUUAUAAUUGCAAAUUAUUGACAUCAAUUACAUUGAAUGAAGGAAUUAAAUCUCUUGGACAAGAAUCAUUUGAAUACGUAAAUGUUAACACAUUAAAUAUCCCAUCAUCUGUUGAAUCAAUCGGAUAUUUAUGUUUUUGGUAUGCUACAAUAAAUACAGUCAAAACAAAUGGAAAUGGACCAAAAACAAUUAGUUCCAAAGCAUUUAUGAAUUGCCAUAUUAACUCUGUUAACUUUGGAUUGAAUUUAAAUUCUAUGGGUGAUCAAGCUUUUUCUACUUCACAAAUUGUUUCUGUUACAUUUAAUGAUAAUUGUCCAAUGAAUAGAAUCUAUUUCCAAUCAUUUAUUAAUUGCCCUUCAUUUAAAUCUGUCAGAAUUCCAAAGAAUGUUUUGCACAUUGAAGACAGAGCUUUUGAUCAUUGUACAUCAUUAACUGAUGUAACAUUUGCUACAGGAUCCCAACUGAAUUAUUUAGAAACAAUGUGUUUUAGAGCAACAAAAGUUAAAUCAAUUUCUUUUCCAACAACAUUGAAUUAUUUAGGUGCAAAUGCAUUCAGUGAAUGUCCAUUAUUAAGUUCAGUGACAUUUGCACCUGGAACAAAUCUGCCAACACUAGCUGGUGGUGUGUUUAGAUCUUGUACAUCGUUACCAACUGUAACAAUUCCUUCUACUGUAACGAACUUCGAUCCAUCAACAUUCGUUUUCUGUUCUAAUCUCUUGUAUAUCAAUGUUCCAACAGAUAAUGUUAAUUAUUGUAGUAAUGAUGGUGUUGUUUAUACAAAGAAUCAAGAAAAGUUAGUUUGUUGUCCAGGAGGUAAAGUUAGUGCAUUGAUCUUCAAAUACAUCAUUAUCAUUGGAUCAAAUGCAUUCUAUGGCUGUUCUAAACUGCAAACAUUAACAUUUGAGAAAGGAUGUCAAUUACGAGAAAUCCAAGAUGGAACAUUCUAUUCAUGCACAGUAUUGUUGAGAGUUGAUCUUCCAACAUCACUUCAAACAGUUCAACAGAAUGCAUUUGCAGGAUGCACAUUAUUAUCAGUGAUCACAUUCACCGAUUAUGCACUUGCCGAUUUAGGUGCAGACUCAAUCUUUGCCGACUGUGUUAGUUUGACAACUAUCACAUUUGGACGAUUCUGUGCACUCCAACAUCUUCAGGAACUGUGUUAA